AUGACCGCCGUUAAUACUGCACUAAACGGAAAUCCAUUCGGAGCUCCUGGUUCUAUCAACGAUCCAUCCAAACAAACACAGCUUUAUCACUACCUCGAGGCCCUGAAAACUGAUGAGAAUGGUUGGCGGAAGUCCACAGACAACAUUGUUGCGAACAAUCUGAGCACUGACGAAGAGCAUUUUUUGCUUCUGCAAGUGAUCGAGGACUAUCUUGCUCGACGCUAUGUCGAAGCAGAUGCGGAUAGUGUUAUGUGCAUUCGUAAUCUGCUCUCUCAUUGGAUUCAGAAGCUUUGUACUCGACCAGACCAACCUGUUUUCCUAGUGAAUAAGAUGGCGCAUAUCUUUUCAUUGGUGUUUGCUGCGGAUUUCCCGGACAGAUGGCCAACUUUCAUGAAUGAUAUUUUCCUUUCACAUGGAUUAGAUAGUAUUCCUGUAGUUGUGUUUUAUUUGAAGACACUUCUGGCAAUCGACUCAGAAGUAGUUGAUCGUGACAUUCAGAGGUCGAAAACUGUCUUCGAUCGGAAUACCAAAAUCAAGGAUUUUAUGAGGGAUCUAUGUAUUCCACAAAUUGUACAAAGUUGGUGGACGAUAUUGGAACGCUGCUCAGAUACAACGGCACAGUGCCUGUGCCUUGACGCAGUAGCUGCUUUCGUGGAUUGGAUUGACGUGGAGCUUGUUGCAAACGAUGUUUUCGUCCCACUUGUAAUUGCAAGACUUGGAAACAAGGAUACAUCGGAGGCUGCUGUAAGAGCCGUGUCUGCGUUAAUCCAGAAAGGAAUGCCACCGUCCAAGAAACUCUCACUUGUCACGGCUCUCACCGACGUCAUGCGCAGCAAUCACCUGAUUUCUGUCAAUCCGAACAGCGACUAUGAGGACGUUCUGAGAGCUGGUUCACUACUGAGUGCCGUUGGCAGCGUACUAAUUGACACUUAUCACAAGUUCAAAGCAGAAGAUGCCGAGGAAGACGCACAACGUUGCAUCAAAGCCGUCGAGUCUGAUAUGGAUUCGUUGUUGUUGGUGCUUGACAAUGAAGAUCCAGAACUAAGUGAUCUUGUGAUUUACACUCUUCGUUCAUAUGUGGCGCUUUUCAAGGACAACUCCACGGAUGAGAAAGCAACCAAUGUACUGACAAGAAUUGUAUCGGUUUGCCUGCGGCGCUUUGUCAUCAGCGAAGAGCUAGACGUAGACGGGUUGGGCGAAGAUGAGAUCGAAUUCGCUGACUAUCGCAAGGAACUUCGCGGAAUUCUUAAUACAAUAGGGAAUAUGAGAACUGAUUUAAUCGUGGCACCUUUGGAAGCACUAGUCGCUGAGGUAGCAGCCAGUGGAGGUGGAACUGUGAUGCCCAUUGCGAGGCUUGAAGCGAUUGUACAACUGGUACACGGACUGGUGGAAAUUAUUCCGGCCAAUUUUGUGAAUAUGAAAGAUGGAUGGAUGGGACGUGGUGCGCAACUACCAGUUGACCUUUUGACGUCAAUGCAACUUGAUGGUCGCUCCGCUUCAGUGCACGUUUUGUAUUUCGAGAUCGCUUGCCGCUAUGAACGACUGUUAGCAGCUCGUCCACAAACGGUGGUACCGCAAGUAGCCGCGGCGUUCUUGGACGAGAGAGGAAUUGCAUUCCGGGUUGCUCGUGUUCGUACCCGCAUUGUCUAUUUGUUCUGUCGAUUUGUGAAGGCACAUAAGAUCGUGCUCAGUCCACUAGUCUCCGAGGUCAUCACACGUCUAGCUCCCCUACUAGCAAUGUCGCCGCAAUCCGAUCAGUUGCUUACAGCCGAUGACCAAGCGUUCAUAUUUGAAGCUACCGGGACAUUGAUUGUGUUCGGUGAGCUCGGAGUUGAACAGAAGUCGAACUACAUCGGAGAAUUGGCCAACAAACUUGGUGAACGCUUCUUGGCCGCCAUUACGGAGCUGGAAACAGCUAAAUCAGCUCACGAUGCUGUGAAGACUCAGAUGAUUCAGCAGUACAUGGCCAAUAUUGUGGGAUAUUCCAGUCGCCUCUCUAAAGCGUUCAACAACGCUAAUUCCAUGCAGUCGUGCAGGUGUGUCGAUAUCUACAUGCGACUGCUCAACCUUUUCCUGGGCCAUCUCACCGCUGAGAAUGCAUUUCUGCUAGAGUCGGUUCGACAGCUCGCACACAGACUAGUUGUGUGUCUCGAUUCGGAAUUACUUCCCAUUCUUCCUUCUUUGAUGUCUGCUCUGGCAGCAGUGUCUACUGAUCUUGACAGCAUGAAUCACCUGCUAAUCCUUAGUCAUCAAAUCGUCGCAAAAUUCAAGAAAGAAUCUUUGCGAUCUGGUGUCGACUUUGGCGCUAUUCUUGCUUCUGCAGCUAGGCUUUCUGUGGAAACUGAACCAACUCCAGCGCUCCGUGCUCAAGAUGAAACUGUCUACCGUAAUUUAAUCUACGUGCGGCGAGCAUUUUUGCAGCUGUUUUACACAUCCACAACGUCUGAUAUGCUGUCGGAAGUGGCAGCAGGCGAACUCCUCGAUAGUCUUCAAGAGGCGGCCACACGUUUGGCGCUCAGCAAUGACCAGUCUUGCCAGAAACUAGCGCUAGCCACCCUCAGUCGAACGUCAGCUGGAAAUGCUCAAUGGUGGCAAAGAACGCUGCGCACAGCUUUAGAAGUUCCUUCACUACCACAUAUCAGUUCUUCUGAUGCAGGCAGCUCAGUGGUGGUACAUGAAGUGGCAUCAACGCUACUAACACUUCGACAAAUUCAUCAGGAGGAAUUUCCAGUUGCCGUACAGUCGCUAAUGCCCGGUGCAUUAGGGUUGGAAUUACUGUCCAUUCUGGAAAACUACAAGUCUCGAGCAUUGGACAAACAACUGCUGGUAAUGUACGAUAAGAUUCGGGUAGCGCAUCAGCAGCAGCCAUAG